AUGCUAAACUGUGCCGAUCUAGUGCAAUUCGACCAGUACAGUUUGCAGCUGUACAACUAUGCAAUGGUUGAGCGGUUUCGAACUAAUCAGUUUUUCAACUACGGAAACAUCGUGGCUGAUCCGAGAACUUUGUCUCGAUUUUUCAAGCCGUCGGUGUACGUGACAAACCCGGCAGAAGUUGGUCCGACUGCCCUGUUGGCCGACGCCAGUAAACUAUCCUCUGCACCAAAGCCCCAGUAUAGUUAUAUUGGACUGAUCGCAAUAGCGAUACUGAGUUCUCCGGAAAGAAAACUAGUGCUUUCGGACAUUUACCAGCACAUUCUGGACAACUACAGCUAUUUCCGAAGUCGUGGUCCAGGCUGGCGUAAUUCAAUUCGGCACAAUCUCUCGCUGAAUGACUGUUUCAUCAAAGCAGGACGCUCAGCGCACGGCAAAGGUCACUACUGGGCCGUCCAUCCCGCUAACGUGGAAGACUUUCUCAAGGGAGAUUUCCGACGUAGAAAAGCUCAGCGAAAGGUUCGCCGCCACAUGGGGCUCACAUCGGACGACGAUAUAUUUGACAACAGCUCCCCGAGGCAGUUUUUCCCGGCGAUACCUUCGUCACCGGUGCUAAAUCCAGCCGCUUACAUGCCAACCGCUACGGAACCUCUGUCGCAAGCCGCCGCGGUAGCUGCAGCGACCGUGUGUGCGUAUCCGAACGCCAUCGAGCAGCAGCAAGUGGCCAUCAUUAAGGGUGCUAUGGAAAGCUUCUCCCGCAAACGUCAGUUCGAUGUAGAAUCUCUGCUGAGGCCGGACGAUGCCAGCUCGCCAUCGUCGGUGAAUUCCUCCUCGCAAUCGCACCCGAUAGAACCGCCGACGGAGAAGAAAGCCAAACUACCGUCGCUUGCGGGUUACACAGCAAGUCAUCAUCCUCUGCAUCAUCCCCAUCAGCACCACCAGCAUCCGCAUCCGCUGGCAGCGUUCGGCAGUUUGGCUGCGGCAGCGGCCGCCGCGUCGUCUGCCGUCGGACUACCGAAAGUGCUGCAAAAGCAGCAGCAACAACAACAACAACAGCAGCAGACUUAA